CAGCCACCGAAACGAGUCGCUGCUCCGCGUCGACACAGCAGAGGAAAGUGUGAGAAAGCAGGAGAAACUCCUCCCUCCGACGUGCUGCACUGGGACAGAUCGACUGCGGUACACACUGUUUAGUAGAGGAGGAGUUCACCUCUCGGAAAUUCAGGUGUCUGCAGUCUCUCACUCAGUCAAGUCAGUUCAGUACUGCACUCCGGACUACUGCGGGACCCUUCACUUCACAUUACAGGAUUUUAACUAACUGGAGAAAGAGUGAAAACACCAUUGAGUCAUAAGAGCGAAGGUGCUUCUGGUGUUGUGUUUGUAGUGCACAUCUUUACCGGUGUGUUCUGGUGAGUCGUCUGUCGCUUCCGCUUUUCUGUCCAGCAGUUUAACGCCAAAAUUCACCAGGAGUCAGUGGGGAUUUUUGAUAGCCUACUUUGUUUCACUGGACACUGAAAGGAACAAGGGAAUACCAAUCGUUUAUUGUUCAUGUGAGUGAGUCCUACUCAUCCUAAGGCUGAUGUCCUCCAAGAGCAGCAUCUGAAACAUGGAUGACCCUUUAAAGGUUGACUGAUUCCAGCUGACACCUUCGUAACUAUGCUGCGAGUCACUCGAGGCCUGAUGGCCACAGUAGCCACCAACAACCCACCGAAAUCCCCAACCCAGUUCAGGGAAUGAUCAAACCGUCCUGUCUAGGACAUACGCAUCAAGAGACCUCUUACAUACAGGACGGCAGAUACCCCAAAUCCAAUGGCAUGGGCCAAGUUCUUCAGGAGACCAGGAGGCAAUCUUGGCAGGUCUUACCAGCCAGGAUCUAUGCUGUCCUUGGCCCCUACCAAGGGACUACUAAAUGAGCCGGGACAGAACAGCUGCUUCCUCAACAGUGCAGUGCAGGUUCUUUGGCAUCUCGAUAUCUUCAGACGGAGUCUUCGUCAGCUUCCAAACCACUACUGCUUGGGCGACUCCUGCAUCUUUUGCGCUUUGAAGGGAAUAUUCUGUCAGUUCCAGCACAGCCGAGAGCGAGCGUUACCCUCAGAUAACCUGCGUAAUGCCCUCGCCGAAACCUUUAAGGAUGAGCAGCGCUUUCAGUUAGGCUUCAUGGAUGAUGCUGCUGAGUGCUUCGAGAACAUUUUAGAAAGGAUUCACCUGCACAUCGCUCCCGAUGCUGAGACUGACGCCUGUGCGUCCAAGUCCUGUAUCACUCAUCAGAAGUUUGCUAUGGCACUUUAUGAACAGUCUGUGUGUAGGAGCUGUGGCGCGUCGUCCGACCCGCUACCCUUCAAUGAGCUUGUGCACUAUGUGUCCACCACAGCCCUCUGCCAGCAAGUCUUGGAGAGGAGAGAUGAAAGGUUUGGGGAGCUGCUUCAAGCCGCCAGCACAGUUGGAGAUCUGCGUAACUGUCCGAGUAACUGUGGGCAGAGAAUCAAGAUCCGGCGCGUGCUGAUGAACUCUCCAGAAAUCGUGACCAUCGGAUUUGUGUGGGACUCAGAACAGUCAGACCUCACCGAAGACGUCAUCCGAUCUCUCGGACCACACCUCAACCUCUCAGGGCUCUUUUAUCGUGUCACAGACGAGCGUGCGAAGAAGAGCGAGCUGCUGUUGGUGGGGAUGAUCUGUUACUCCAGCAGACACUACUGUGCCUUCACCUACCACACCAAAUCAUCCAAAUGGGUUUUCUUUGAUGAUGCCAAUGUCAAGGAGGUGGGAUCCAGAUGGAAAGAUGUGGUCACUAAAUGCAUCCGAGGUCACUUCCAGCCCUUGCUCUUGUUUUACUCUAACCCUGAUGGCAGUGCUGUGGUAACAGACGAGGCCCAGCGGACCAGCAGCAGUGCCACCCAAAAUAAGAGCUCAGUCAAUGAAGAAACACCAGGAACUCCUAUACUGGGUGGAAGGAAGUUGGAGUUGACGCGAGAAAACUUGACUGCUUUCUUUUCAAAUCAUGGUACUCUGAAGCAUGGUACUAAGCCUCAGCCUCCUUCUGUGUUCAGCCGAGGCAGUAACCAGACCAGCGGCGGCAGAGGACCAGUGAAGAUGAGCUUUGAACCGAUUCAGAGUCGAUUCAGAGAGAUUUUGCGGGAGCUGCCUAAAGAAGGCCGUCCCAUCAACCUUAUUAAGAAGGACUCGGAUCGGUCACAGACGAGACAAGAAACACUGAGGCGCCGGGACUCCCCAGACAAGCCUCAUUCCCGCUCGCUGUCACCUCCGGAGAACGGCUUCAAGCAUCUGGAGUCGCGGCUCUACAGCAGCCAGGGCAGGGGUCCGACGAAAGCUGAGCACUGGCCUGUUACUAACACACACUACAACCAUGAGCCCCGCUCUCAGUCCCAGCCUCGCGUCCCGCUUCAUCCCCCUGCAGAGAGCCGCUCUCCGAGGCUGGAUGUGGCCAACGGCUACGAUACAGACAGCAGUCAGGACUCCCGGACGCACGGAAACCCUCGCAGCCGGCCGAAUCGAGCGUGGAGGCCGACGCGAGAGGUGCUUAACGUCGACAGCGUCCUAAACAGCGAUAAUAAUCAAAACUACCCCAACUCUCGCAGACAGGCCUUUAAUCAGGACGGCGAGGAGUCAGCGUGGGGCCGACGAGAAGAACGCAAACCCAAGAGCUUAAUGACCAUUUACGAGGACGAGCAGCGGCAGGACAUGGGCAGCAGGAGCUCGCUGGAUUCAGAGGACAGGGUUAAAUCAAGCGUCAGUAACCUCACCAUUCGGACUGAUAACUGGAAAAUCCAGCGCACUGAAUCUGGAUACGAGAGCAGUGAUCGUCUCAGCAGCAGCUCGGCAAACCUGGACUCUCCUGUGGUGGAGAACCUGAGCAACAAAGACAUGCAAUCCAUACCAGAAGCACACCUCUCCAGGGAGCCUAACCACCAAAGGAGGUACGAGGAUCCAAAGGCCGAGAUCUCGCCUUCGUCUAUUAUCUUCAGUAAGUUCUGUCAAAUCCUUCUGAGUUGUUGUGAUUUAUUUUUUAUUUUUUUGUUAAUGGAUAAUGCAUAUCAGACAUUACCAAAACAUUAUUUGCGUAGCUUAAAAACACCAUACCAUUACACGAGUCCUGUUAUUCCAAGGAGACAAGCUUUUCGAUACAACCCUGCUUAUGAGAGGCAGGAGAAGACUCACGCGGUUAACGGGGACCCCAUCUCUCCUAAUUUCACCAAGACCAGCAGUUCAGAGUGGAACAGCUCUGAUGAUCUUGCCGGACCCUUUGAGGAUUCCUCAUCACGAGCUGGCGUUCCUUCCGUUCCCUCUCGGUCUCCGUCUCACGCCGCGGCUCCCCCAUUGCCUCCCAAACCUCUCAUCCUGAGCUCAGAGAACCGGCGACGAGAUCCCCCUCCGCCCAGCCCUCGACGUCCUCCUCGAAACGGCUCGGCUCUGUCCCAAACCGCCCUGCAGAAGUGCCUGGAAAACUCGGACACGAGCUCCAAGUCUGGCUCCUCUGAUCAGGAGAGGAACGAUCUGUCAGCGCGUGUGGUAGUGAAGGGUGAGAGAGAAACGUUCUCCAGCUUUCCCAAACCUGCGGCCGGCUCUCCUGUCAUCCCCAGCACCUACUUCUCCGUGGACAGCUGCAUGACGGACACGUACCGUGCCAAGUACCAUAAAAAGAGACCUGCUCUGUACGUUAUGGCAGACUCUAGAGCCGGAGAUCACACCUCGUCUGGUGAAAGUGAUUACGGGGAGAGACCGUCACCGGCUCCUUCAGAAACACACAGCAGAGCCACAGCGCUGCCAGUCCAUGCUUCCAGUAAUAAACCCACUGCUAAAUGGAAGCCAGUUUCAGUGAAAGGACUGGAUGAACACGGCUUUCUCUGACAGCAGAGCUCACGCUAUCACAGCACUCUGUGAGGGAACGCUCAGCGGCCUUCUCCUGAACGUGUGUGUUUGUGGAGUAUGCAUUCAAACACAGUGCGUGGCAGUAUCCCACUUUACAUUUGCACAUUUUUAAGCCAAAAGAGAACAAUAUUAAUAACUUAAAAAACACAAAUUCCAAAACACUCCUAAGGCUUAAGGAUAUUUGAUGUAUCCUAACAAAACUAAUGACAGUUUGCCCUAAGAUACACCCUAUGCAUGAUAAAGUGCUUUAGUUGGUUUGAAGGGAUGUGUUUCUGUUCACUGCUUCUGAUUUUUCUUUGUUUUGGUUAUUUUUGGAGGGAGGAGCUGCUAUAAGAUUUGAUUUGAUUUUCAGAAGGUGAAGCUGCUAAAUGUGAAACCAUUCCUGUUUUUAGUAAGAACUGCUUUUGAAAAGCAAAAUUAAGCUUAAUGUUCAAUGGCCUGUUUAGUUGGUUUAGGUGUGUGAUGAUACAGUAUCUUUUUUUUUUUAUUAUUUAGUCCCUCAUUAAUAAUUAAAAAGGGCUGCUUUAAAUGUUUUCACCCUUUUAUCAUGUUAAGAUCAGUUUUUCGACCAAUGUGCACAGAAAUGACGACACUGGAGAUUAAAUAGUUUGGUCAUUUAUAAAUAAAAAAUGGAAUUUGACAUUAUUUGGGCACAGCUAAAUAUGUUUUCAUAUUUGGAACAAGGCAACGAGUUGUACAUUGUCGUUAUUUGUAUGAUGUUUUGUACAUUGCUAGGCAGAACACUGAAUAGUGCCUUAUUUUGUAUGUUAAGAUGGGAUAAAGGUGUUUUAUUUGUAAAAUGUUAACUUUCUAAAUUCUUUUAUAACAUUGUAGAUCAUGUUGGUUAAGAACUUUUAAUAAACUGAUUUAUUUAAGCAUAA